AUGUCUUGCGACAAAAGCUCCAACACGCGUCGUAAAAGUCGCGUACUUUUCCAAAAAGUCCAGCUUAUCGAUAAGCCACCAUAUGACGCGCUCAAUCAAACUCCCCAUCACUCCACCAACCCAACCCAAACCAAACACCCAAAACAUGCCCAACGCGCCAUAACCACGCCGAACAGCCCAAUGCGGCAGAAACUCCUACACAUCCACCUCCAGGGCCCCGUCCCCUACCAAGUCGCCGCCCGCCUCCAAGAACGCCUCGUAUCGCGCUUCCUCGCCUCCAAGCCGCCAUCCACCACGCCCGCGCCCCCACCCCACAUAAUAACCACCUCCUUCCACCCGGUCUACACCUGCGGACGGCGCGAAGUCGGCACCGUCUCCCCCACGCAACAAGCGCACCUGCGCGCCGACGGGCGCGCAGAAUUCGUCGAAGCGCUGCGCGGCGGGCAGACAACGUUCCAUGGCCCGGGCCAGCUCGUCGCGUACCCCAUUCUCGAUCUGCGCGCGCACAAACUCACGCCUAGGGAUUAUGUGUGUCUGCUUGAGAAGAGCCUGAUUGCGACGUGUGCUGCGUUUGGUAUUAAGGCGAUGACGACGGAGAAUACGGGUGUGUGGACGAGUCCGGAUGAGAAGAUCGCGGCCAUUGGGGUGCAUAUGCGGAGGAAUGUUACGAGUCAUGGGGUGGGGUUGAAUGUUGGGACGGAUUUGUGGUGGUUUGAUCGCAUUGUGGCGUGUGGGUUGGAGGGAAAGAGGGCGACUAGUUUUGUGAAGCAGGGUGUUGUUGGGCUGGAUGUUGAGGGUGUUGGGGAGGAGUUUGUGAGGGAGGUUGCUGGGAGGUUGGUUGGUGUGGAGGGGGUGGAGAGGGUUGGGGAGAGGGAGGUGGAUGACCUUUUGAGGGCGUAG